AUGAGUACGGACGCAGAGAUGGCCAUUUAUGGCAAAGCUGCCAUUUACCUUCGUAAGCCAGAAAGGGAGAGAAUUGAGGCUCAAAGUGCACCAUUUGAUGCCAAGAGUGCGUGCUACGUGGCUGAUAAGGAGGAGCUGUACUUGAAGGCAAAAAUCCUCAAGAAAGAUGGUGGCAAAGUCACUGUCGAAGUCCUGACCACUAAAGAGGAGAGGACAGUGAAAGAAGAUGAAGUCUUUCCAAUGAACCCUCCCAAGUAUGACAAGAUUGAGGACAUGGCCAUGAUGACCCAUCUCAAUGAAGCCUCUGUGCUGUAUAACCUCAAAGAGCGUUAUGCAGCAUGGAUGAUCUACACCUACUCUGGGUUGUUCUGUGCCACUGUGAACCCCUACAAGUGGCUCCCAGUGUACGAUGCUGAAUGUGUAGCUGCCUAUAGAGGCAAGAAGCGUAUGGAGGCUCCACCCCACAUCUUCUCUGUCUCUGACAACGCUUUUCAGUUCAUGCUUACUGAUAGGGAGAACCAGUCUGUCUUGAUCACUGGAGAAUCUGGUGCUGGAAAGACUGUGAACACCAAGCGUGUCAUCCAGUACUUUGCAACAAUCGCAGUUGGUGGACCGAAGAAGGACGACGCAAAGGGGUCACUGGAGGAUCAGAUUAUUGCAGCCAAUCCCCUGCUGGAAGCCUAUGGUAACGCCAAAACUAUUAGGAAUGACAACUCUUCUCGUUUUGGUAAAUUCAUCAGAAUCCAUUUUGGCACAACUGGCAAACUGGCUAGUGCUGAUAUUGAGACAUAUCUGCUGGAGAAGUCCAGAGUGACAUACCAGCUUUCUGAUGAAAGAGGCUACCACAUCUUCUUCCAGAUGAUGACUGGCCACAUCCCUGAGCUGCUUGAUAUGGCACUCAUCACCACCAACCCCUACGACUUCCCCAUGUGUAGCAUGGGUCAGAUCACUGUGGCCAGCAUUGAUGACAAAGUUGAGCUGGAAGCCACUGAUAAUGCCAUUGAUAUCCUGGGCUUCACUGCUGAAGAGAAGGUGAGCAUCUACAGGAUGACUGGUGCUGUGCUCCACCAUGGUAACAUGAAGUUCAAGCAGAAGCAGCGUGAGGAGCAGGCUGAGCCCGAUGGCACAGAGGAGGCUGACAAGGUUGCUUACUUGCUGGGUCUGAACUCCGCUGACAUGCUCAAGGCUCUGUGCUAUCCCAGAGUGAAGGUCGGAAAUGAGUUUGUCACCAAGGGACAGACUGUACCUCAGGUGAUGAACGCAGUGCCUGCCCUGGCCAAGUCUAUCUAUGAGAGGAUGUUCUUGUGGAUGGUCGUUCGUAUUAACCAGAGUUUGGACACUAAACAAGCAAGACAGUUCUACAUUGGUGUCCUGGAUAUUGCUGGCUUUGAAAUCUUUGACUUCAACACCUUGGAACAGCUGUGCAUUAACUUCACCAAUGAGAAACUGCAACAGUUCUUCAACCACACCAUGUUUGUCCUGGAGCAAGAGGAGUACAAGAAGGAGGGUAUUGUCUGGGAUUUCAUUGACUUUGGCAUGGACUUGGCUGCCUGCAUUGAGCUCAUUGAAAAGCCCAUGGGAAUCUUCUCCAUCCUUGAAGAGGAGUGCAUGUUCCCCAAGGCCACAGACACAUCCUUCAAGAACAAGCUGUAUGACCAGCAUCUUGGCAAAAACAAAGCAUUUGAGAAGCCUAAGCCCCCCAAGAAAGGCAAGAUUGAGGCCCACUUCUCCCUGGUGCACUACGCCGGUACUGUGGACUACAAUAUCGCUGGCUGGCUGGACAAGAACAAGGAUCCACUGAAUGAGUCCGUCAUUCAGCUGUACCAGAAAUCCCCGGUGAAACUGCUGGCUAUUCUGUAUCCUCCCGUUGUUGAGGAAACUGGUGGCAAGAAGGGAGGCAAGAAGAAGGGUGGUUCUAUGCAGACUGUGUCUUCACAGUUUAGGGAGAACUUGGGCAAGCUGAUGACUAACUUGAGGAGCACCCAUCCUCACUUUGUGCGCUGCCUGAUUCCCAAUGAGUCAAAGACUCCAGGUCUGAUGGAGAACUUCCUGGUCAUCCACCAGCUCAGGUGUAACGGUGUGCUGGAGGGUAUCAGAAUCUGCAGAAAAGGUUUCCCCAGCAGAAUUCUCUAUGCUGACUUCAAGCAGAGGUACAAGGUGCUGAAUGCCAGUGUCAUCCCCGAGGGCCAGUUCAUUGACAACAAGAAGGCUUCAGAGAAGCUGCUUGGGUCAAUUGAUGUUAAUCAUGAUGAGUACAAAUUCGGACACACCAAGGUGUUCUUCAAGGCCGGUCUGCUGGGUGUCCUUGAGGAGAUGAGAGAUGAAAAACUGGCAACUCUGGUCACCAUGACUCAGGCUUUGUGCCGUGGUUACCUCAUGAGAACAGAGUUUGUGAAGAUGACAGAGAGGAGGGAUGCUAUAUAUACCAUCCAGUACAAUGUCCGCUCAUUCAUGAAUGUCAAACACUGGCCAUGGAUGAAGGUGUACUACAAGAUCAAACCUCUGCUGAAGAGUGCUGAAACUGAGAAGGAGCUGGCAGCUAUGAAGGAGAACUAUGAAAAGAUGAAAACUGACUUGGCUGCUGCCCUGGCCAAGAAGAAGGAACUGGAGGAGAAGAUGGUGUCCCUUCUGCAGGAGAAGAAUGAUCUGCAGCUGCAAGUAGCAUCUGAAUCAGAGAAUCUCAAUGAUGCUGAAGAGAGAUGUGAGGGACUUAUCAAGAGUAAGAUUCAGCUGGAGGCCAAACUCAAAGAGACAACUGAGAGACUGGAGGAUGAAGAGGAAAUCAAUGCUGAGCUCACUGCCAAGAAGAGAAAGCUGGAGGAUGAAUGCUCUGAGCUCAAGAAGGAUAUUGAUGACCUGGAGCUUACCUUGGCCAAAGUGGAAAAAGAGAAACAUGCCACAGAGAACAAGGUGAAGAACCUGACAGAGGAGAUGGCCUCUCAGGAUGAGAGCAUUGCUAAGCUGACAAAGGAAAAGAAAGCCCUUCAGGAGGCUCAUCAGCAGACUCUUGAUGACCUGCAGGCUGAGGAAGACAAAGUCAACACUCUGACCAAGGCCAAGACCAAGCUUGAGCAGCAAGUGGAUGAUCUUGAAGGUUCUCUGGAGCAAGAGAAGAAGCUCCGUAUGGACCUUGAGAGAGCCAAGAGAAAGCUUGAGGGUGAUCUGAAACUGGCCCAGGAAUCCAUCAUGGAUCUUGAGAAUGACAAGCAGCAGUCUGAUGAGAAGAUCAAAAAGAAGGACUUUGAAAUCAGUCAGCUCCUUAGCAAGAUUGAAGAUGAGCAGUCACUGGGUGCUCAGCUUCAGAAGAAGAUCAAGGAGCUCCAGGCUCGUAUUGAGGAACUGGAGGAGGAGAUUGAGGCUGAGCGUGCUGCUCGUGCCAAGGUUGAGAAGCAGAGAGCUGACCUCUCCAGGGAACUUGAGGAGAUCAGUGAGAGGCUGGAGGAGGCCGGUGGUGCCACUGCUGCUCAGAUUGAGAUGAACAAGAAGCGUGAAGCCGAGUUCCAGAAGCUCCGUCGUGAUCUUGAGGAGUCCACUCUGCAGCAUGAAGCCACUGCUGCUGCUCUUCGCAAGAAGCAGGCUGACAGCGUUGCUGAGCUGGGAGAGCAGAUCGACAACCUCCAGCGUGUAAAGCAGAAGCUUGAGAAGGAAAAGAGUGAAUACAAGAUGGAGAUUGAUGACCUCUCCAGCAACAUGGAGGCUGUUGCUAAAGCAAAGGGAAAUCUUGAAAAGAUGUGCCGUACUCUAGAGGACCAACUUAGCGAACUGAAGACCAAGAAUGAUGAAAAUGUCCGCCAAAUCAAUGACUCAAAUGCACAGAAAGCACGUCUCUUGACAGAAAAUGGUGAGUUCAGCCGUCAAGUUGAAGAGAAAGAAGCUCUUGUCUCCCAGCUGACCAGAGGCAAACAGGCAUUCACACAACAGAUUGAGGAGCUGAAAAGACAGAUUGAAGAGGAGGUUAAGGCCAAGAAUGCUCUUGCCCAUGGACUGCAAUCAGCCCGCCAUGACUGUGAUCUGCUGAGGGAGCAGUUUGAGGAGGAGCAAGAGGCCAAGGCUGAGCUGCAGCGUGGAAUGUCCAAGGCCAACGGUGAGGUGGCUCAGUGGAGAACUAAGUAUGAAACUGAUGCUAUCCAGCGAACUGAGGAGCUUGAGGAAUCCAAGAAAAAGCUGGCUCAGCGUCUUCAGGAGGCUGAGGAGCAGAUUGAGGCAGUUAAUUCCAAGUGCGCUUCUCUUGAGAAAACCAAACAGAGGCUCCAGAGUGAGGUGGAGGACCUCAUGAUUGAUGUGGAGAGGGCCAAUGGGCUGGCUGCCAACCUGGACAAGAAGCAGAGGAACUUUGACAAAGUGUUGGCAGAGUGGAAACAGAAGUACGAGGAGGGUCAGGCAGAGCUCGAGGGAGCCCAGAAGGAGGCUCGUUCUCUCAGCACUGAGCUGUUCAAGAUGAAGAACUCUUAUGAGGAAUCUCUGGAUCAGCUGGAGACCAUGAAGCGUGAAAACAAGAACCUGCAACAGGAGAUCUCAGAUCUGACUGAACAGAUUGGUGAGACUGGCAAGAGUAUCCAUGAGCUGGAGAAGUCCAAGAAGCAGGUGGAGACCGAGAAGGCUGAGAUCCAGACAGCUCUUGAAGAGGCUGAGGGAACUCUGGAACACGAAGAGUCUAAGAUCCUGCGUGUCCAGCUGGAGCUCAACCAGAUUAAGGGUGAGGUGGACAGGAAGCUGGCAGAGAAAGAUGAGGAGAUGGAGCAGAUCAAGAGGAACAGCCAGAGGGUGAUUGACUCCAUGCAGAGCACUCUGGAUUCUGAGGUCAGGAGCAGAAACGAUGCCCUGAGAAUCAAGAAGAAGAUGGAGGGAGACCUGAAUGAGAUGGAGAUUCAGCUGAGCCACGCCAAUCGCCAGGCUGCUGAGUCCCAGAAGCAGCUGAGGAAUGUGCAGGCGCAACUGAAGGAUGCACAACUGCACCUUGAUGAUGCUGUCAGAGCACAGGAAGACCUCAAGGAACAAGCUGCUAUGGUGGAUCGCAGGAACGGUCUGAUGGUAGCUGAAAUCGAGGAGCUUAGAGUUGCUCUGGAACAGACGGAGAGAAGUCGCAAAGUUGCUGAGCAGGAGCUGGUGGAUGCCAGUGAGCGUGUUGGACUUCUGCACUCUCAGAACACAAGCCUUCUGAACUCCAAGAAGAAGCUUGAGUCUGACCUGGUCCAGGUCCAGAGUGAAGUGGACGACACUGUUCAGGAAGCAAGGAAUGCAGAGGAGAAGGCCAAGAAGGCCAUCACUGAUGCUGCUAUGAUGGCUGAGGAGCUGAAGAAGGAGCAGGAUACCAGCGCUCACCUGGAGAGGAUGAAGAAGAACCUGGAGGUCGCUGUUAAGGACCUGCAGCACCGCCUGGAUGAGGCUGAGAACCUGGCCAUGAAGGGUGGCAAGAAGCAGCUCCAGAAACUUGAGUCCAGGGUGCGUGAACUGGAGGCAGAGGUUGAGGCUGAGCAGAGACGCGGAGGAGAUGCCAUUAAGGGUGUCCGCAAAUAUGAGAGGAGGGUGAAGGAGCUCACCUAUCAGACUGAGGAGGACAAGAAAAACGUUGCCAGGCUGCAGGAUCUAGUUGACAAGUUGCAGAUCAAAGUCAAGGCCUACAAGAGGCAGGCUGAGGAGGCGGAGGAGCAGGCCAACACUCAUCUGUCCAAGUGCAGGAAGGUGCAGCAUGAGCUGGAGGAGGCUGAGGAGCGCGCUGACAUCGCAGAGUCCCAGGUCAACAAGUUGAGAGCGAAGAGCCGUGACUCUGGCAAGACAUCAGCUGGCACCAUGAGUACAGACGCGGAGAUGGCCGUUUAUGGCAAAGCUGCCAUUUACCUUCGUAAGCCAGAAAGGGAGAGAAUUGAGGCUCAAACUGCACCAUUUGAUGCCAAGACUGCCUGCUACGUGGCCGAUGUCAAGGAGCUGUACUUGAAGGCAAAAAUUCUCAAGAAAGAUGGUGACAAAGUCACCGUCGAAGUCCUGACCACUAAAGAGGAGAGGACAGUGAAAGAAGCUGAUGUCCAUCCAAUGAACCCUCCCAAGUAUGACAAGAUUGAGGACAUGGCCAUAAUGACCCAUCUCAAUGAAGCCACUGUGCUGUAUAACCUCAAAGAGCGUUAUGCAGCAUGGAUGAUCUACACCUACUCUGGGUUGUUCUGUGUUACUGUGAACCCCUACAAGUGGCUCCCAGUGUACGAUGCUGAAUGUGUAACUGCCUAUAGAGGCAAGAAGCGUAUGGAGGCUCCACCCCACAUCUUCUCUGUCUCUGACAACGCUUUUCAGUUCAUGCUUACUGAUAGGGAGAACCAGUCUGUCUUGAUCACUGGAGAAUCUGGUGCUGGAAAGACUGUGAACACCAAGCGUGUCAUCCAGUACUUUGCAACAAUCGCAGUUGGUGGAGUAAAGAGGGAUGCAUCAAAGGGGUCACUGGAGGAUCAGAUUAUUGCAGCCAAUCCCCUGCUGGAGGCCUAUGGUAACGCCAAAACUAUUAGGAAUGACAACUCUUCUCGUUUUGGUAAAUUCAUCAGAAUCCAUUUCGGCGCAACUGGCAAACUAGCUAGUGCUGAUAUUGAGACAUAUCUGCUGGAGAAGUCUAGAGUGACAUUCCAGCUUCCUGAUGAAAGAGGCUACCACAUCUUCUAUCAGAUGAUGACUGCACACAUACCUGAGCUGAUUGAUAUGGCACUCAUCACCACCAACCCCUACGACUUCCCCAUGUGUAGCAUGGGUCAGAUCACUGUGGCCAGCAUUGAUGACAAAGUUGAGCUGGAAGCCACAGAUAAUGCCAUUGAUAUCCUGGGCUUCAGUAAUGAAGAGAAGAUGAGCAUCUACAAGUUGACUGGUGCUGUGCUCCACCAUGGUAACAUGAAGUUCAAGCAGAAGCAGCGUGAGGAGCAGGCUGAGCCUGAUGGCACAGAGGAGGCUGACAAGGUUGCUUACUUGCUGGGUCUGAACUCCGCUGACAUGCUCAAGGCUCUGUGCUUUCCCAGAGUGAAGGUGGGAAAUGAGUAUGUCACCAAGGGACAGACUGUACCUCAGGUGAAUAAUUCAGUGACUGCCCUGGCCAAGGCUAUCUAUGAGAGGAUGUUCUUGUGGAUGGUCGUUCGUAUUAACCAGAUGCUGGACACUAAACAAGCAAGACAGUUCUACAUUGGUGUCCUGGAUAUUGCUGGUUUUGAAAUCUUUGACUUCAACACCUUGGAACAGCUGUGCAUCAACUUCACCAAUGAGAAACUGCAACAGUUUUUCAACCACACCAUGUUUGUCCUGGAGCAAGAGGAGUACAAGAAGGAGGGUAUUAUCUGGGAGUUCAUUGACUUUGGCAUGGACUUGGCUGCCUGCAUUGAGCUCAUUGAAAAGCCUAUGGGCAUUUUCUCCAUCCUUGAAGAGGAGUGCAUGUUCCCCAAGGCCACAGACACAUCCUUCAAGAACAAGCUGUAUGACCAGCAUCUUGGCAAAUCAAAGGUAUUUGAAAAGCCUAAGCCCCCAAAGAAAGGCAAGGCUGAAGCCCACUUCUCCCUGGUGCACUACGCUGGUACCGUGGACUACAACAUUAUUGGCUGGCUGGAAAAGAACAAGGAUCCACUGAAUGACUCUGUCUGUCAGCUGUACCAGAAAUCCCCAGUGAAAGUGCUGGCUAUCUGCUUCCCCCCUGUUGUUGAGGAAACUGGCAAGAAGGGAGGCAAGAAGAAGGGUGGUUCUAUGCAGACUGUGUCUUCACAGUUUAGGGAGAACUUGGGGAAGCUGAUGACUAACUUGAGGAGCACCCAUCCUCACUUUGUGCGCUGCCUGAUUCCAAAUGAGUCAAAGACUCCAGGUCUCAUGGAGAACUUCCUGGUCAUCCACCAGCUCAGGUGUAACGGUGUGCUGGAGGGUAUCAGAAUCUGCAGAAAAGGUUUCCCCAGCAGAAUCCUCUACGCUGACUUCAAGCAGAGGUACAAGGUGCUGAAUGCCAGUGUCAUCCCCGAGGGCCAGUUCAUUGACAACAAGAAGGCUUCAGAGAAGCUGCUUGGGUCAAUUGAUAUUCCACAUGACGAGUACAAAUUCGGACACACCAAGGUGUUCUUCAAGGCCGGUCUGCUGGGUGUCCUUGAGGAGAUGAGAGAUGAAAAACUGGCAACUCUGGUCACCAUGACUCAGGCUUUGUGCCGUGGUUAUGUCAUGAGAAAGGAGUUUGUGAAGAUGACGGAGAGGAGGGAAGCCAUAUAUUCCAUCCAGUACAACAUCCGCUCAUUCAUGAAUGUCAAACACUGGCCAUGGAUGAAGGUGUACUACAAGAUCAAGCCUCUGCUGAAGAGUGCUGAAACUGAGAAGGAGCUGGCAAAUAUGAAGGAGAACUAUGAUAAGAUGAAAACUGACUUGGCUGCUGCCCUGGCCAAGAAGAAGGAACUGGAGGAGAAGAUGGUGUCCCUUCUGCAGGAGAAGAAUGAUCUGCAGCUGCAAGUAGCAUCUGAAACAGAGAAUCUGAAUGAUGCUGAAGAGAGAUGUGAGGGACUUAUCAAGAGUAAGAUUCAGAUGGAGGCCAAACUCAAAGAGACAAAUGAGAGACUGGAGGAUGAAGAGGAAAUUAAUGCUGAGCUCACUGCCAAGAAGAGAAAGCUGGAGGAUGAAUGCUCUGAGCUCAAGAAGGAUAUUGAUGACCUGGAGCUUACCUUGGCCAAAGUGGAAAAAGAGAAACAUGCCACAGAGAACAAGGUUAAGAACCUGACUGAGGAGAUGGCCUCUCAGGAUGAGAGCAUUGCUAAGCUGACUAAGGAAAAGAAAGCCCUUCAGGAGGCUCAUCAGCAGACUCUUGAUGACCUGCAGGCAGAGGAAGACAAAGUCAACACUCUGACCAAGGCCAAGACCAAGCUUGAGCAGCAAGUGGAUGAUCUUGAAGGUUCUCUGGAGCAAGAGAAGAAGCUCCGUAUGGACCUUGAGAGAGCCAAGAGAAAGCUUGAGGGUGAUCUGAAACUGGCUCAGGAAUCCAUCAUGGAUCUUGAGAAUGAAAAGCAGCAGUCUGAUGAGAAGAUCAAAAAGAAGGACUUUGAAAUCAGUCAACUCCUUAGCAAAGUUGAAGAUGAGCAGUCAUUGGGUGCUCAGCUUCAGAAGAAGAUCAAGGAGCUCCAGGCUCGUAUUGAGGAACUGGAGGAGGAGAUUGAGGCUGAGCGUGCGGCUCGUGCCAAGGUUGAGAAGCAGAGAGCUGACCUCUCCAGGGAACUUGAGGAGAUCAGUGAGAGGCUGGAGGAGGCCGGUGGUGCCACUGCUUCUCAGAUUGAGAUGAACAAGAAGCGUGAAGCUGAGUUCCAGAAGCUCCGUCGUGAUCUUGAGGAGUCCACUCUGCAGCAUGAAGCCACUGCUGCUGCUCUUCGCAAGAAGCAGGCUGACAGCGUUGCUGAGCUGGGAGAGCAGAUCGACAACCUCCAGCGUGUAAAGCAGAAGCUUGAGAAGGAAAAGAGUGAAUACAAGAUGGAGAUUGAUGACCUCUCCAGCAACAUGGAGAACGUUGCUAAAUCAAAGGGAAAUCUUGAAAAGAUGUGCCGUACUCUAGAGGACCAACUUAGCGAACUGAAGACCAAGAAUGAUGAAAAUGUCCGCCAAAUCAAUGACUCAAAUGCACAGAGAGCACGUCUCCUGACAGAAAAUGGUGAGUUCAGCCGUCAAGUUGAAGAGAAAGAAGCUCUUGUCUCCCAGCUGACCAGAGCCAAACAGGCAUUCACACAGCAGAUUGAGGAGCUGAAAAGACAGAUUGAAGAGGAGGUUAAGGCUAAGAAUGCUCUUGCCCAUGGACUGCAAUCAGCCCGCCAUGACUGUGAUCUGCUGAGGGAGCAGUUUGAGGAGGAGCAAGAGGCCAAGGCUGAGCUGCAGCGUGGAAUGUCCAAGGCCAACAGUGAGGUGGCUCAGUGGAGAUCUAAGUAUGAAACUGAUGCUAUCCAGCGCACUGAGGAGCUUGAGGAAUCCAAGAAAAAGCUGGCUCAGCGUCUUCAGGAGGCUGAGGAGCAGAUUGAGGCAGUGAAUUCCAAGUGCGCUUCUCUUGAGAAAACCAAACAGAGGCUACAGAGUGAGGUGGAGGACCUCAUGAUUGAUGUGGAGAGGGCCAAUGGGCUGGCUGCCAACCUGGACAAGAAGCAGAGGAACUUUGACAAGGUGUUGGCAGAGUGGAAACAGAAGUUCGAGGAGGGUCAGGCAGAGCUCGAGGGAGCACAGAAGGAGGCUCGUUCUCUCAGCACUGAGCUGUUCAAGAUGAAGAACUCUUAUGAGGAAUCUCUGGAUCAGCUGGAGACCAUGAAGCGUGAAAACAAGAACCUGCAACAGGAGAUCUCAGAUCUGACUGAACAGAUUGGCGAGACUGGCAAGAGCAUCCAUGAGCUGGAGAAGUCCAAGAAGCAGGUGGAGACCGAGAAGGCUGAGAUCCAGACAGCUCUUGAAGAGGCUGAGGGAACUCUAGAACACGAAGAGUCUAAGAUCCUGCGUGUCCAGCUGGAGCUCAACCAGAUUAAGGGUGAGGUGGACAGGAAGCUGGCAGAGAAAGAUGAGGAGAUGGAGCAGAUCAAGAGGAACAGCCAGAGGGUGAUUGACUCCAUGCAGAGCACUCUGGAUUCUGAGGUCAGGAGCAGAAACGAUGCCCUGAGAAUCAAGAAGAAGAUGGAGGGAGACCUGAAUGAGAUGGAGAUUCAGCUGAGCCACGCCAAUCGCCAGGCUGCUGAGUCCCAGAAGCAGCUGAGGAAUGUGCAGGCGCAACUGAAGGAUGCACAACUGCACCUUGAUGAUGCUGUCAGAGCACAGGAAGACUUUAAGGAACAAGCUGCUAUGGUGGAUCGCAGAAAUGGUCUGAUGGUAGCUGAAAUCGAGGAACUUAGAGUUGCUCUGGAACAGACAGAGAGAAGUCGCAAAACUGCUGAACAGGAGCUGGUGGAUGCCAGUGAGCGUGUUGGACUUCUACACUCUCAGAACACAAGCCUUAUGAACUCCAAGAAGAAGCUUGAGGCUGACCUGGUCCAGGUCCAGGGUGAAGUGGAUGAUACUGUUCAGGAAGCAAGGAAUGCAGAGGAGAAGGCCAAGAAGGCCAUCACUGAUGCUGCUAUGAUGGCUGAAGAGCUGAAGAAGGAGCAGGAUACCAGCUCCCACCUGGAGAGGAUGAAGAAGAACCUGGAGGUCACUGUUAAGGACCUGCAGCACCGCCUGGAUGAGGCUGAGAACCUGGCCAUGAAGGGUGGCAAGAAGCAGCUCCAGAAACUUGAGUCAAGGGUGCGUGAACUGGAGGCAGAGGUUGAUGCUGAACAGAAACGCGGAGGAGAUGCCAUUAAGGGUGUCCGCAAAUAUGAGAGGAGGGUGAAGGAGCUCACCUAUCAGACUGAGGAGGACAAAAAAAACGUUGCCAGGCUGCAGGAUCUAGUUGACAAGUUGCAGCUCAAAGUCAAGGCCUACAAGAGGCAGGCUGAGGAGGCGGAGGAGCAGGCCAACACUCAUCUGUCCAAGUGCAGAAAGGUGCAGCAUGAGCUGGAGGAGGCUGAGGAGCGUGCUGACAUCGCAGAGUCCCAGGUCAACAAGCUGAGAGCGAAGAGCCGUGACUCUGGCAAGGGAAAAGAAGCAGCUGAGUAAAGAAGUUCAGCGGACAAGCUGUUUUUACUCAUAUAAUAUGAUGUAAAAUAUAGCAAAAUAAAACAGUUUUUGAUUUUCAA